AUGCAGUUCGGGUUCAUCCUACUCGUUCUUGUGGCAGUUCUGCAUGGCAGCAGCAAUGUUGUCUCAGCCUCCAUCAGCGCGGACGCCACGCUGGGCCGGGUCGGCGUCGCUUCGGUUGGUGGCAAGGGUGCCAGAUCCUUGAGGACCAGCGAGAUUGGUGCUCACGGAUACGGUACAUCAGGCGAUGAAGAGAGAGCGGGCAACGCCGUGUAUGAAAAAGCUUUCGCAUUUAUCGCUCGGGUGUUUGGAUCGGGGAAGCCGGCUGAGUCUACUACUACGUCGGGUGUGACCAAAACGGUUGCAUCAGCUCCGACAUUGGAAGCACUGAAAGCUGAAGGUGAAGCGAUGGAGAAGCUGAUCAGGUCGAGACCAGAGUCUAAAAUGGAUACCGCUUUUGGUAUCAGCGUCAGAAAUGCCGAAAAAAAGCUUAACCUCAACCAGUUCAAGUAUAUGGACGAGCGGGGUGCGACUCCUGACGAUGUGUUCACGUUUCAAAAACUCAAACCAGAAGUUGCGAGUGCAAUGAGGAGCAAAGAGUUGGUGGACAAAUUGGAUGAUGUACGAUAUGGACAGUAUGUGAUGUGGUUCAGGUACUUUAAGUACUACAAGCAGGCUCACAAAAAGUGGACGAGCGAGCUGGCAACACCCAUACUGAAAAAACCAGCUGCCGCUUGA